UUCUACUCUGCAUUGCAGCUCCACAACAUUCUGAACAGAUUUGGAAACAUGCACUUGCAAAUAUCCUCACUGCUGCUGUUUUGUCUGAACAUUGUCCAUGGUAGCGAUGGAUAUUUUUCUGAGCAAUACCAGAAACAAUCUAGCAUCAAGGGGCCACAUUUUCUCCCAUUCAAUGUAAAGAGUGAAGGUGUGCAGGUAAGGGGUGAACAAGGACCGCCUGGCCCCCCAGGCCCUAUUGGACCAAGAGGUCAACCAGGUCCUGCAGGAAAGCCAGGGUUUGGAAGUCCUGGUCCCCAAGGCCCCCCUGGCCCCCCAGGACCUCCUGGAUUCUCUGCCCUUGGAAAGCCAGGCAUGCCAGGUCUACCAGGAAAGCCAGGAGAGAGAGGACUAACUGGUGAGAAAGGAGAAGCUGGACCUGUUGGGCUCCCAGGAGCAAGAGGGCCACAAGGACCCCCUGGCACUCCAGGCCCCUCAGGACUGUCUGUUCCUGGCAAGCCAGGACCACAAGGACCUCCAGGAGCUCAAGGGCCAAGAGGUCCCCCUGGCGAGAGGGGAGAGCCAGGUAUCCCUGGUAUAAAUGGACAAAAGGGAGAAAAUGGAUUUGGCAUUCCAGGUCGCCCAGGUAGCAGGGGUCUUCCAGGCCCACAGGGGCCUCGGGGCCUCCCUGGUCCUGCUGGUAUAGGGAAGCCUGGUGAAAAUGGUCUUCCAGGCCAGCCAGGUAUGAAAGGUGACAGAGGUUUACCAGGUGCACCCGGAGCAGCUGGGAUGCCAGGUCCCCAGGGUCCCCCAGGAGAACCUGGAGAAACUGGCGUCGGCAAGCCUGGGCCAAUGGGACCUCCAGGAGCAGCAGGCAUCCCUGGAGCCAAGGGACACCCCGGACCCACAGGCUUGCCUGGAUCCCCAGGUCUCCCAGGAUUUGGAAAGCCAGGAUUGCCAGGAAUGAAAGGACACCGAGGGCCUGAAGGUCCUGCUGGCCUUCCAGGACCUAAAGGAGACCGAGGCCCAGCUGGUGUUCCAGGAGAACCAGGGCCUGCUGGGCCACCAGGGAGCAUGGGCCCUCAAGGACUCAAAGGCUUGCCUGGUGAGAGUGGCCUGCCCGGGCCCAAAGGCGACAUGGGCCCUGCAGGCCCCCCAGGAUUCCCAGGAGCUAAGGGUGAACGAGGCCUACCAGGAUUAGAGGGAAAACCAGGAUACCCAGGAGAGCAAGGUCUUGCUGGUCCUAAGGGACACCCAGGCUUCCCAGGUCCGAAAGGCGAUGCUGGCCACGCUGGGCUGCCUGGCUUGCCUGGUCCAAUGGGUCCACAAGGAGUUAAGGGACUGCCAGGGAUCAACGGUGAGCCAGGCCCCAGAGGGCCUUCAGGAAUACCUGGGACCAGAGGCCCCAUUGGCCCCCCGGGCCUGCCAGGAGCCCCCGGUGCCAAAGGUGAGCCAGGAGCACCAGGACUGCCAGGCCCAGCAGGUAUUUCUACGAAAGGCUUAAGUGGACCCAUGGGACCCCCUGGACCCCCAGGGCCCAAAGGGAACAACGGAGAGCCUGGCUUGCCAGGCCCCCCAGGCCCUCCUGGUCCCCCUGGCCAAGCCGUAAUCCCACAGAUGCCCGAAGGUUACAUUAAAGCAGGGGAGUCUCGGGAGCUAUCAGGAAUGUCUUUCGUGAAAGGAGGAGUAAACCAAGCUCUUACAGGGAUGCCCGUGUCUGCUUUCAGUGUCAUCCUCUCAAAAGCCUACCCUGGGGCAACAGUCCCCAUCAAAUUUGAUAAAAUCUUGUACAAUAGGCAGCAACACUAUGACCCCAGAACAGGAAUCUUCACCUGCAGGAUCCCUGGACUGUACUAUUUCUCCUACCAUGUACAUGCAAAAGGUACAAAUGUUUGGGUUGCACUCUACAAAAACGGUUCCCCACUCAUGUACACGUAUGAUGAGUACAAGAAAGGAUACCUUGACCAGGCUUCUGGCAGUGCUGUCAUUGAUCUCAUGGAGAAUGAUCAAGUAUGGCUCCAACUGCCCAAUUCAGAAUCUAAUGGUCUCUACUCCUCUGACUACGUUCACUCUUCUUUCUCAGGUUUCCUAUUUGCUCAUAUCUAACAACAUCCCACUUACACUAUCCUGACACUUUCUCCUUCAGACCAUUUUAACAGGGUGCUGAUCUGAUUCAUCACUAGCAGGUCAUGCAACUUCAAUUUUGCAACAGAAAUGGAGGAGGGAGUGAGAAGGUGGAAGAGAGUGGUUCAAACCUAGUAGAGUAAUAUUAUAUGUUUUAACAGAAUUUUCAUAAGAAAAUUUUUUCAAAUUAUGAUCAAUUGUCCAAAUGAAUGCAACAUUAAAAUUUUAUGAAUUAAUAUAA